AUGAUCUAUGACCGCGACGGGACGUUGGACGGCCAUAUUUUGGCGGGGGCAUCAAAUAAUAAUGGAAAAGGGGGACGACCAGCAGCCCCAGUCGACGUUGGGUCUCCUUUACUCGAUUGGGAGGAAGGGGAUCGUUUCAGUUUCGAAGAUUCAGAGCGCUUCGAAGAAGAUUCCUUGUGUAGCUGGACUUCGGAACCCGAAAGUCUGUGUAACAAUUGGCGGGGAUGGAGAAGACCCAACCUUCAAAAUGCUUUCGGACCACGUUCAACGAAAAAAUCCAUUCAAGAGAAAUUGGUGUCAUCAUUAAGUGAACUGGCAGCCAAAUGUGUCGCCAGUCACAUACCAUUUGAACUUGUGGAACAUGUUUAUCCGCCUGUGCCUGAACAACUGCAGCUUCAGAUAGCAUUCUGGAGCUUUCCGGAUAGUGAGGAUGACAUCCGACUAUAUUCCUGCCUGGCAAAUGGCUCGGCUGAUGAAUUUCAAAGAGGAGAACACUUAUAUAGAGACAGAGCUGUUAAAGAUGUCCUACAAAUUGGUUUUCAUCUCUCUGCCACUGUUACACCUAGUAUGACAAGAGCACAAUUCAAUGUAGCAGUGACAUUUGAUAGACAAAAGAUAUCUUCAUGCAACUGUACCUGUUCAUCCUCAGCUCAUUGGUGUUCACAUAUAGUUGCUGUAUGCUUAUACAGGAUACAUCUUCCAACACAAGUAUGUCUCAGAGCACCAGUAUCAGAAUCAUUGCAAAGAUUGAGAAGAGAUCAGUUGCAGAAGUUUGCACAAUACCUUAUAUCAGAGUUACCUCGUCAAGUUCUACCGACAGCUCAAAGAAUUCUGGAUGAACUACUGUCAGCUCAGCCUAACCAGAUAAACACGACCUGUGGCGCUCCGGACCCCACAGCGGGGGCUUCGGCCUACGAAUACACAUCAUGGUUCCUCGAUGAAAAGACUUUGCAUAAUAACAUCAAAAAGAUUUUAGUCAAAUUCUGUGUGCCUGCACCUAUAGUUUUUAGUGAUGUUAACUAUUUGAGUACAAGCGCGCCCCCAGCGGCAUCAGAAUGGUCGUCAUUGUUGCGUCCAUUGAGAGGAAGAGAACCAGAGGGAAUGUGGAACUUACUCUCUAUAGUGAGAGAGAUGUUCAAAAGGAGCGACAGAAACGCGAUACCGUUACUCGAAAUCAUAACCGAGGAGGUUAUGGCCUGCGAACAGAUAAUAGUAUGGUGGUACAGCACUAAGGCGUCGUUGGUGGCGUGGGGAGGUGGUGGUAAGCACGGCGCCGCUGGUAACUCUGCGGCACAACACGCGUGUUCAUCGCUAUGUGAUGAGGUCGUCGUGUUGUGGCGUUUGGCGGCUCUCAAUCCAGGGUUGGCACCCCACGAGAGAGAUACACUUCAUGAACAAUUCGCUCAAUGGCAUAUGAAAGUGCUUGAUAAGGUGGCCAAAAACCGUAAUAAUCACAUAAACACUUCUCACCCUCGCCAUCGAGCACAUCACUCACCGUACAUCAAUGGUAUCAGUGAGAAUGAAGUAUUCCCAGGAUUCCAUCCAGCCAUGGAGGCGUGCUUCCUUGAAUGGGAUGACUAUCAAAUCCAAGGUGUGACAUACACCAAAGAUCUGAAUCCUCUAUAUCACAGCCCAUUCACAAUCUUCAGACAUACCGACAAAGACAGUGUUCAUCAGGUGAAUUCGUCAAAGGCUGUACUUAAUAAUGAAAUGUCACUCAGUUAUCGUCUAACAAAUCCUGAUCCUUCAUUACACGGACAUAGAACAGUUGUUCAUAGAACCAGUAGAAUAACAGUUGAUAUGGCCAUACCUGGACCAUCGAGUCAGCCUUGCGGGUCCGGCGAGGGUCGCAGUGAUGUCGCACGCGACUCUGGCCCUAACGAUGGGAAUCAUUCAAGUGUUUCAUCCGAAGGUUUUUGCGAGAACGAGGAAGAGAUUCUCCAGCAGAGCGGUGGUGAUACAGAUUCACAGGAGUCAACCUCAGCGGGCGGAUCCUCUGAUGACGCUGUGAGAAGAGUCUCUCCUGAUGAUUCAGUCUCCGACGAUGAAUGCAACCUGUACUACUACGACGCGGCUGCGGCUAGGAGAGUCGCCGUAGAGAGUAGUUCCAACAACUCUGUAGUACAUUCGGGUGCGGGUGUUAGUGGAUACAACGGUCGCUCUUCAGUAGUAGGGUGGGGUUGCGGGUGGGAGGUAUCGUUCGCACGCGCGGAAGGUCUACACGCACACGGGCACGCACGAGACGCGUGCGCACUGGGGGCUCGACUGGCCGCUGAACUACUGGCCAGCCCGCCCGCACUAGGAGGUGCCGGUGUUGGUUCCCUCCUGAGCGCGGCGGCGGAGGCUCGUCGUGCUCGUCGCCGCCACGCCCCCUCGCCCCGCCUGUGCGCCGCCAGCCAUCGGCUCUCAUGUCUAGCGUCCGCUACACUCGCUAAAUGCGCCUUUCUAUGUACUGUACUAGCUGAAUUUAACGAACAUCAUGAAUUAGCUUUCCGCGUUGGAUUGUAUGCUUUGGAGAUGGCAAGACCGCCCGCUAGCACGAAGGCUUUGGAAGUAAAACUCAAUAACCAGGAAACGGAAUUGGUUGCUUUGUUAAAAAAACUACCCACCGGAAUCGAACAACUUAUGUUGGCGAGAGAAAAAGCUGAACAACUACGCGAAGGAGUUCUGAGAAACCGUGGACCGGCAUUGCUGCCAAUAGCUUUAGCGAGUUUCCUGUUCGACGUACUAGUUUUAUCGGCUACGGACAAAGAAAACAAACACCCUGCGAGGUUGCCAACGGAUGAAAUGUUAGGAUUCGAAGCGGCGGUCGCAGCUUUGGGUUUAAAGGCAAACGUGUCAGAAGCUGAACACCCUCUAUUGUGUGAGGGAACGAGGAGGCAACGGGGAGAGUUAGCAUUAACACUACUGUCAUUCUAUAAAGACGACCCGGUUAAAUUGGCACGGAUCAUGAAUAAGCUGUUGGAUCGUGAUAUCCAUCAAUUAACGAAGGGCCCGAUGGUCAGCAUGUACUACACUAAUAACCCCCGUUUGGCGUACCGCGACUCGUCCUACCACGCACAUGCCACGCAUAUGCAACACACCGCACCGGUCAUGCCACAGGCGUCAGCAUGCCAGUUAGUGGGUGAUAUGGAUCGCCUGGCUGUAUCAGAGGGUGGUCCGUCGCCUCCCGCCAUGUCCCAUACCAUGCACACACACCCUCAACACAAUCAACACCCUCCACAUACUCCUCACCCUCAUCCCUCCCACACGCCGCACCCUCAUCCCUCUCACACUCCUCACUCACAACACUCACAGCAUCAGUCACACGCGCCGCCGCAUCAGUCGCUGCCAAGGUUGAAGGACUCGAGGUACAAAGGUAAGCGUGUAUACCCAUCAGUACCAAAUCAGCCUUCAGAAGCGUCAGCUCACUUUAUGUUUGAGUUGGCCAAGUCGGUACUAUUUAAAGCCGGCGGUUCGUCGAGUACUAGUUUAUUCACACAAACCUCAUGUGCUAGGGAGCACCACGGACCACACAGAGGUCUACAUAUGGCUGCAUUUCAACUCGGUCUUUAUGCGCUGGGUUUGCACAACUGCGUCAGUGCUAACUGGUUGAGUCGCACAUAUUCGUCACACGUCAGUUGGAUAACCGGUCAGGCAAUGGAUAUAGGAGCGCCCGCAAUUUUGUUCCUCAUUGACGCUUGGGAAGGACAUCUAACACCUCCAGAAGCGGCCGGGAUAGCAGACAAGGCGUCAUCAGGUUGUGAUGUCCACAUGGUACGUGCGGCGGCCGAGCUGGCGUUGUCAGUACUGCCUCACGCACACGCGCUCAACUAUAAUGAGAUACAGAGAGCCGUGCUACAGUGUAAGGAACAGAGCGACGCCAUGUUGGAACGAGCAUGUCUUACAGUCGAGGCAGCGGCCAAAGGGGGAGGUGUCUACCCCGAAGUUUUGUAUACCGUAGCCCGGUACUGGCACGAGUUAUAUCUCCGUCAAGCCACUGAGGAAGGUGAAACUCCUGAGGAAACUCAAUACCGCGCGCCGCCACCAUUGGCGGUACCAUUACCAUACCCGCUGCCAUAUCCCUUCGCUUACCACUACCCACCACCCAUAUAUCAGCUGCAAGUCGCGCAUCCACCACAGGUACAAUACGGCGGUGCUACAGCGGGUCACCCCGGACCACAGUACGCGUUGCCUCCAUACAUAGUACACGGGAUAGUAACAUCUACACACCCGCCGCCGAUGCCGCAACAUGUGCCACACGCACCACAUCCACCACCGAUGACCGUUAAUCAUCCGGCUCCAAUACCACCACCGUUGCCGGCAACACACGCGGCUGUACCAACAGCGGGUGUAAGCGGAGUGGUCACAGUAGGUACGGUCGGUACGGUCAGCGUGAGCGGAGUCAGCGGAGUCAACACGGUCAGCGGGGUCAGUGUUAGCGGGAACGGGGUCGCGCCGCCCGCCUUACCUCAAGCACAGCUCAGAAGACUUCUAGCUGCUUAUAGAGUGGGGAUGUUAGCGUUAGAGACACAAGCUAGAAGAGUUCACGAUGACCGUCCGCAGAAUAAGUUUGGAAGAAAUCCUCCAUACGGCGAGCACGUGAAAUGGUUACUACGUGUGUCAAAGCGUCUUGGUGCGCAGUAUUUGCACCAGUUUUGCGUGUGCGCAGUUAAUUCAGUUGUGUCACCGUUCGUGUUGUAUGAACUCUGCGUGGAGUCAGCGCAUUGGUUGGCUCGAGGCGGACCACAUCACCUCGUGAUGCAACACCUUAGAGGAACACUUGCACCACUUGUACAUAAAUGCCAACAGAUGUACAUUCAGUGCAUACAUCAGAAGCUUUAUCAUCUAACGCCGGUCGAGUAUGAAGAGUUUGUUGGGAUCGUGUUAUCAGCUCGCACUGCAUUCCAGUUGACUCCGGAGGGAAACACACAGUUCAAAGAGUGGCUGGCAUCUUUACGCAGAUCGAAGUCCUGCAAGAAGGAUCUGUGGACGCAGCUCAACGCGGCCCUUCAAACUAACGGCAAAUGA